UGUAAUCAUUUAAGCAAGCUUGCUCUCAUCAUGUGAAGCAGGGAAGGAAUUGACGUCCAGAAGAUCCUGCCUAUAAGAUCCGAGUCAUCAAAGGAGCUGCUSUUUUUCCUCACUUUAAAUCUGCCUGGAAAAUGCAGGUGCUAAAACCCGGAAGAGACUGGGACUGCAACAUGAAUGACAGCAACUAUAAGAAGUUCUUGCUUUUUGUGAUUCCCUUAUUUCAGAGUCAGUUCUGCUCGGCAAAACUGAAGCUGGAAAUUUAGCCUUGCAUUUGAAAAUGCCUCCCACUUACUGGUCUUUGAAUUUGAUAGAUGGCCUUUCAGAACUGAGGAAUACAUAGCAGCACGAUGAAUCCGUGAGGAAAAAAGGCAAGUUUCAGGAUUCAAACUACACUAAAAGAUGGUCUCUCCUAAACUUAUGGAAUCACGAGUGUUGAAUUGUGUGUCCUUGCUUUUUGGCUUGUUUAUUUUCAAGAUGUAUCACAAAGUGGCAUGACUUUUAAACUUCAGGCUGUUUAAAGCAGCAAAAUUAAAGUGAAAGAUUUUUUAUGAGGAUUUUCAAAGAAAAUUUGCUUCAGAGAAGAGCUAAGUGGGACAAUGGCAUCGGGAGAGUGUCUCCUGCUAGACCCAGAGAUGGAUACCUUCAUUCUCUACAACAUCUCUGCCAACCACAGUGCAAAUUUCUCCAUGCCGAGUGAUGACUGGUUUUACCCAGCGUUCCUGUAUGCCAUCCCCACCAUCUACGGGAUCAUCAUUUUGAUAGGCCUUAUCGGCAAUAUCACUUUGAUCAAGAUCUUCUGUACUGUGAAAUCYAUGAGAAAUGUCCCUAAUUUGUUCAUAUCCAGUUUGGCUUUAGGAGACCUGCUGCUUUUAGUGACUUGUGUGCCUGUGGAUGCCAGCAGGUACCUUGCUGAUGAAUGGCUGUUUGGCAGAAUUGGAUGCAAACUUAUCCCCUUCAUACAACUCACUUCUGUAGGGGUGUCAGUCUUUACCCUGACUGCUCUCUCCGCUGACAGGUAUAAAGCUAUAGUAAGACCAAUGGAGAUCCAAGCAUCCCAUGCACUGAUGAAGAUUUGUGCAAGAGCUGCUAUAAUCUGGAUUGUUUCCAUAUUGCUUGCCAUUCCUGAAGCUGUGUUUUCUGAUUUGCACCCCUUCCAUGACAAAGGCACUAAUAAAACCUUCGUCAGCUGUGCUCCUUACCCGCAUUCUGAUGGGCUACAUCCCAAAAUCCAUUCAAUGGCCUCAUUUCUUAUCUUUUACAUCAUUCCUCUGUCUGUCAUUUCCGUAUAUUAUUAUUUCAUUGCUAAGAAUUUGAUCCAGAGUGCUUACAACAUCCCUGUGGAAGGAAAUACGCAUGUGAGGAAACAGAUUGAAUCUCGUAAGCGCCUGGCCAAGACAGUACUGGUCUUUGUGUGCCUCUUUGCCUUCUGCUGGCUUCCUACUCACAUCAUCUAUUUAUACCGAUCCUACCACUACUCAGAGGUGGACACCUCAGUGCUGCAUUUCAUUGCCAGUAUCUGUGCUCGAAUCCUGGCCUUCACUAACUCUUGUGUCAACCCAUUUGCUCUCUACUUGCUCAGCAAGAGUUUUAGAAAACAGUUCAACAAUCAGCUCUUCUGCUGCAGAGCUCGUCUCCUCAUCCGCUCUCAGAGCAUGGCCAGGAGCACCACGCGCAUGACCUCCCUUAAGAGCACCAAUCAUUCCCUGGCUACCUUCAGCCUUAUCAAUGGCAACCACGCCUGCCAUGAAGGCUAUGUCUAAAGUUCAUAGACGGGGACUAGAACAGGACAUGCCUGGUGUGAAUCUCUCCUCCAGCUCUGUUGAGUUGGGGAGUAGCACACGCAUGCACGAAGGAAAUCUGUGUUCAGAAAUCUCAGAGGAGACUGAAGUGUCCCAUUUUUCAUCAUGGGCUGAGGGGUGUCUGGAUCAGCAGAUCAUUUUGUACCUCACAAUGGGAGCUCCCUGGAACUCACUACUGGAGCUCCCAGAGCACUACAGGAGCUCCCUGAGUCCCUUCAAGACCCGCUGACUUCAAUGGAAGUGAAGAGAGCAUCAAAAGAUCAAAUCCUUUUUGGACCUGGAGUUUCUUCAUCAGUUUCUGCUCAAUCCCGAACUUGGGCAGACAUGCAGCAGUAGUGAAGACCAUACAAGGGACACAUAAAAUGGCUGAAUGGCUGCAUCUACAGUUCAUAGUAUAAUUUAUUUUGAUGUCAAAAUAAAUCCACUUAAAUAAGAUAAAUAAUUUUACAAAGGAGCUUACUGUAGGUUAUUUACAGACUUUUCAAUUAUUUAUUAAUGUUCUGAGUACAGUAUUAAUUCAUAGUGUAAAAUAUAUGAAGAGUUUACUGGGGUAUGUUGUGGCCCCAUCUGAAAUGAACAGUAUCUUGCACCACAUGAAUGUGAAAGCAGUAACAUGUCAAUAAAUGUGAACUGAAAUAUGUUUACAAUUUUUAAAUGUGUGAGUUUUGCCA